CCUGGGAAUUGAACUCAGGACAUCUGGAAGAGCAGUCAGUGCUCUUAACCACUGAGUCAUCUCUCCAGCCCCUAUACUGAUUCUUAAGAGCAAUUUUUGUUUUUCCCUUUUCCCCCCACGUUCUGACUUUCUGAUCAGGUUCCCUUCAGGUUGAUGCACAGUCACAGGAAGUCAGGCAAGAAGGGGGAAGUAAGUAACUUCUAGCUUACUGGAGUGUUUUAAGAGUCCUAUUGAGAAAUGAGUUAAUAUAUCGCAGGGCUCAUAAUAACGCAUGUUUAUAUUAACUCAGCGCUUAGCGAACCUAGUACAUCUGAAAGAUCAACUCUCCAGCAGGCUACAAGUUUCCGCUGAACCUUUCACAGGCGAAACAUUCGGAACUGCGCCUGCUCUGUUGGCAUAGUAACGCCCCUUCCCUACUAUUUUGAAAUGCAGAUUCGGUUUCUAAAUUACGACAGUCGUAAACCGAGGUUUCCCGACGGCGUCCUUGCUUUUCGACGGCAACAACUAUGGAGGCGUUUAGUGUAAGAUUUGAAAGUGCUAGCAGUAUCGAAGAGCGAAAAGAACAGACCCGUAAUGCCAGGGCCGAGGUGUUACGCCAGGCCAAACAUAAUUUUGAGAAAGAACAAAGGGGUGAAGAACGUAAGCGACUUCGGGAUGAGGACACAUGGAUGCUUCCUGAUGUGCAUGAGCGAAUUGAACAGUUCUCACAGGAACAUUCUGAGAAGAAAAAGAAGAAAAAGGACAAGCAUUCAAAAAAAGUGAAGAAAGAGAAGAAGAAGAAGAGGAAGAAACAGAAAUGUCAGAAACAGAGUGAGUCGACUGACAGCUCCGCAAGCUCUGAAGAUGAGUGGGUUGAGGCUGCUCCCUCCCAGAUAUCUGACAAAGAAAAGACCUGGAAAGUGAAAGACAAAAGGACAGAAGAAGAAUGUGACAGCCACGAUAUUCAGCGUGAUGAGUGGAUGACUAUUGAUUUUAUGUCCAUUAAAACUGUGUCCUCAUCAUCACUCAAAGCUGAAAAGGAAACUCUAAGACAAAUAGAGCGGGAGAAAACCCAAGUGUUAGAGCAGUCCAAACUGCUCGAAAGAGAAUUGAAUCCAUACUGGAAGGACGGGGGGACAGGUCUCCCAUCAAAAACCUGUAUACUUCCAGUUACUAAAGCUAAAGGAGUGGAGGAUGGCGGAUUAAGCUGGCUAAGAAAGUCUUGUCAAAGAAUGAAGGAACAAGCUCAAAAAGAAAACAGAAAUUUUGAAGAUAUUGUAGCUGAAAAAUACGGGUCAAUGGAAAUAUUUCAGUCAAAAUUAAAAGAAGCUGAAAAAAUUGCAUACAAAAAAGAAGACUGUGGAUGGGAACGGUGGAGAAAGCCUACAUAUUCAGAUAGAGCACAGUGUAGUCAAGCAAGUGGCACAUCAGACUUAGUGAAAUGUAAAAAUCUCUCAGAGGACAGACACCUGGAAAUGGAGCCAGCAAAUAGCAGCAACUAUAAGUUUAGUGGUCCUGACACAGGGAAGAGAUCUGGGACUUUACAAACCUGUAGAAGGGAAUCUGCCCUAAGAAAAAACCAAGAUUCUUCUGGAAAUUUGAGAUCUAAAUUCUUAAGACCCUCUGAUGAAGAUGAAUUGUCAUUUCACAAGAGGAAAAAUUUUGAAUCAUCUAGUUCAUAUUCUCCAUUAGUGGCUCAGGCUUCUUUGCAUUGUGACUUUCGAAAACUCACAGAGAACAGUGAAGAAAGUUCAGCAUCCUGCAGUCGAUCUGAUAGGCGACAAGAAAACAGGAAGCCUUCAGAUAAAAAGCCAUUGGAAACCUGGAGCUACAACGCCAACCAGCACUCUACAGGAGGUAGAAGAGAACAGUUACAGGCUGAGAGCAUGAGUUGUGAUCCACCAGGAAGAGGACUUCAGCAAGACAUGACAUUGACAAUCGCUGGUCCAGAGGCAGAGUCCACCUAUAUCUUAAAUGUUGAUGAAAAGAACAAGUUGGGGGCCAAGAUUAUCAAGGCAGAAAUGAUGGGGAAUAUGGAAUUAGCUGAACAACUUAAAGCCCAACUUAAAGAGGCAAAUAAAUUUAAAGAAACACAGAUGCCGGCAAAAAGAUUGGGCGUAGAGCAUGAAGAUGAACAAGAAGUAAUCCUUAUUCAAACAGAUAAGUCUGGAAGAAUGUGGCCUGUGAGCAGCCCUAGAGAAACCCUGGAUAUGAAAGCAGAACGAAGGAAGAGAAAGAGAGUUUCAACCCAUGAGGAUAAAGAAAGGGUCCGAUACUUUCCUGAUGAUGAUCAUUUGAGCCUCAAAGAUUUAGUCAAGAAUGAGAAAAUAGGAACAGAUAUCAACCAAAACAGACUUUUCAUGAAAAUGGCAUCUAAGUUUAUGGGAAAAUCAGAUGAAGACAAUUAUACUCUGGAUGACAUGUUUGUCUCCAAAGCAGCUGAGAAAGAGCAUCUUGGUAAGAAGGAAGAGAGCCAGAGGAGAAGAGCGAUUGCUGAGCACCAGAGUCUUGCUGCAAAAAUGGCAAAGUGCCUUUACUGUUUUGACAGCUCUCAGUUCCCCAAGCACCUUAUUGUUGCAAUCGGUGUGAAGGUUUAUUUAUGUUUACCCAGUUUCCAGUCUCUUACUGAAGGACACUGCUUCAUAGUCCCUCUGCAACAUCAUCAAGCAGCCACUGUAUUAGAUGAAGAUGUCUGGGAGGAGAUCCAGAUGUUUCGAAAAUCAUUGGUAAAAAUGUUUGAAGAUAAAGAAUUGGAUUGUAUCUUUUUGGAGACUAAUAUGGGUUUGAAGAAACACUAUCAUAUGGUUUAUGAGUGUAUCCCUCUCCCAAAGGAAGUGGGUGAUAUGGCUCCCAUCUAUUUUAAGAAAGCCAUAAUGGAAUCUGAUGAAGAAUGGUCCAUGAAUAAGAAGUUGAUUGAUUUGUCUUCAAAAGAUAUUAGAAAGUCUCUGAUGAGUUCUGAAUUCGGCAGUUGAAUCCUUCUCAACAGUCUGCUUUACGGGAACCUUUAUCACCGUCGUUCCCCAGCUGAUGAGUUCUGAAUUCGGCAGUUGAAUCCUUCUCAACAGUCUGUGUUACGGGAACCUUAUAACCUUGAUUCGCAGUUCUGGUUCUGGAAUGAAGUAUCCCUCCUGCGCCAGUCCGGAGUUUUUUCUCGUCCCGGAUUUUCUCGUCCCGGGUUUCGGCACCAAUUGUUAUUAGACGCGUUCUCACGACCGGCCAGGAAGAACACCACAGACCAGAAUCUUCUGCGGCAAAGCUUUAUUCUUACAUCUUCAGGAAAAGAGAGCAAGAAGCAAGAGAGCGAAAAAGCAAGAGAGAGAGAAAACGAAAACCCCGUCCCUCUUAAGGAGCAUUCUCCUUCGCCUCGGACGUGUCACUCCUUGAUUGGCUGCAGCCCAUCGGCCGAGUUGACGUCACGGGGAAGGCAGAGCACAAGUAGUCAUAAGAUACCCUUGGCGCAUGCGCAGAUUAUUUGUUUACCACUUAGAACACAGGAUGUCAGCGCCAUCUUGUAACGGCGAAUGUGGGGGCGGCUCCCAACAUUGUUGUUCCACCUGUAGGGUUGCAGACCCCUUCAGCUCCUUGGGUACUUUCUCUAGCUCCUCCAUUGGCGGCCCUGUGUUCCAUCCAAUAGAUGACUGUGAGCAUCCACUUCUGUAUUGGCCAGGCACUGGCAUAGCCUCACAAGAGACAACUAUAUCAGGGUCCUUUCAGCAAAAUCUUGCUGGCAUAUGCAAUAGUGUCUGGGUUUGGUGGCUGAUUAUGGGAUGGACCCCUAGGUGGGGCAGUCUCUGGAUGGUCCAUAAUUUCAUCUUAGAUCCAAAUUUUGUCUCUGAAACUCCUUCUAUGGGUAUUUUGUUUCCUAUUCUAAGGAGGAAUGAAGUAUCCAAACGUUGGUCUUCCUUCUUCUUGAUUUUAUUGUGUUUUGCAAAUUGUAUCUUGGGUAUUCUAAGUUUCUGGGCUAAUAUUCACUUAUCAGUGAGUGCAUAUCAAGUGACUUCUUUUGUGAUUGGGUUACCUCACUAAGGAUGAUAUCCUCCAGAUACAUCCAUUUGCCCAAGAAUUUCAUAAAUUCAUUGUUUUUAAUGCUGAGUAGUACUCCAUUGUGUAAAUGUACCACAUUUUCUGUGUCCAUUCCUCUGUUGAGGGACAUCUGGGUUCUUUCCAGGUUCUGGCUAUUAUAAAUAAGGCUGCGA